AUGCUUAUUCUCCCAGCUGUCUCAGCUUUGAUAGUGAUCAUCAUUGACUAUUAUAACCAGGCUCUUACGAAUUUUUAUGUUAUAAGCUUCACUUGCCAUGGGUCCGUAUCCACAUUUGCGAUGCUGAUCGCUCAUCGUCCUUAUCGAGAUGCAAUCAAAAUUAUGUUUCGAAAGAGAGCAGUUGAAUCAGUGGAAGUUUCGCGACGAGGGUUGUACGCUCGUCGAAAUGGAAUGAUUAUGUCAAAUGGUUGA